AUGGUUGCUUCUUCAAAAACCCCAUUUGUUGCUGAUGAAACCGCCUCAUCAUUGCUUCUAAGCAUUAAGCCUAAUCAAAACCUCUCUCUUAACCACGAUUCGUCCAAGUAUGAUGCAGUUCAUCAACCUUUUAUUGAGUGUCUUCGUCACGCUAUCAACAAUGGCAGAGCGUGUUCCAUUGGUAUCUCGGAGUCGGGCUCACUUCUAAAACAAGGGGGAGAAGUCCAGAAACCAGCUUUUGGUGGUUUUGAUGAAAAUGAAACAACAAUGUCUCCACCCACGCCCAAAGAUCUAAAUGUUAAUGUAGCUUCGAGAUCUAGAGGAAAGGGAAAUUUAAUUGUUGGUGAUGAUGAUGAUGAUGAAGAGGAAGAAGAUCUGUCCAAAGAGGCUCAACUUAAAAGAAAGAAACGUGAUCAAGAGCUCAAUGGAAAUCAACGAGUUGCUAGGGAAGUUGAAGCUCAGGAGAGAGAGCUCAUGAUGCUCAACUAA